GAAUGCAAAAUCGGCAGACAGAGACCGGACGACCAUUCUCGAGGCUAAAAACGUCUAACGUUGAACAAAGCAAAGCAAGUAAUUGCCAUGUACAGAUGUACUCGUUGGUGAUGACAGUGACGGAAUCCCCAUGUUGACCUGCUCGUCUACUAACCCAAGGUUAGCUUAUCCGGUGUUGAUUAAACCGGCGGCGAGGUAGUAGUAGUAGUAGGGCUUUGCUCUGGUCUUGCAAGUUAGGUUAGUGAUUAGUAGCAGCAGAAAGAGUGGAAGAUUUAGAGGAUAAGGGAUAGUUUGGUCAUGUCGGAUACAGCCUUGUCGGGCGCGCCGCCGGCGGCGAGGUCGGAGGAUUCGUGGAGUCAGCAGCAGAGCUACAACUUCAGCGGGCGCGUGCUGCUCACGGCCGUCGUGAUCCUGUUCGUGAUCGCCGUCGUCUUCGCCGUCACCCGCGUCUUGCUGUACUACCUCGUGGUGCGGCCCGGCGGUGGCGGCGGAGGCCGUCGUCGUGGCGGCCUGGCAGGGGGGAUCUUGCGGUCGUUGAACUCGCUCGGCGUGAGCGGUCGCCGCGGGCUGGACGCGUCCGCGCUCGCCGCGCUGCCGGUCACCGCGUACCGGAAGAACGGCGGCGGGGGCGGUGGUGGGGAGGGCUCCAACCGCGGCGGGCCUGGCGCCACCGCCGCCGACUGCGCCGUGUGUCUGUCGGAGCUCGCCGACGGCGAGAAGGUGCGGGAGCUGCCCAACUGCCGGCACGUCUUCCACGUGGAGUGCGUCGACGCGUGGCUGCGCUCCAGGACCACGUGCCCGCUCUGCCGGGCCGAGGCGGAAGUACCCAAGGCGAGGGCUUCGGCGGCGGCGACGGCGACGGCGCAGUCGUCGUCGUCGCUCGGUGACGGAGGAAUUACCGUGGUCGUGACCAUACACGGCGGCUCUGACGAAGCCGGUGGCAGGUCAACGGCGUUGACUGGUCAACCGGGAUCCUCGAACUCUCCUAGCUGCGAGGCUGCAAGGAAUUGAGGAUCGACGAUGACGACGAACUUCAGAGUUGUGAUGUGAUUCUUUAUUUUGCUAUAGGAGCUCUAUCAAGUGUAGAUUGUGAAACGCAUUUGUGAUGUGAUUCUUUAUUUCUUUCCCAUAUAUAGCUAAGAAACAACUGCAUAAUACAUUCCCCGCAAAAGAAAAAAAAGCAAAAGUAAAGUGCUUCUGUGGUAAUUGUUACGAGUUUUGUUCCAUUGAAUAUAGUCAAGACGAUUGCAUAGCUUUGA